UCCGCCCAAGAAUAUAAAUAGAAUGGACUUUGUACUUUCCCAUUCCUUGAAAAUUGUUUUAAAACAACGUGUGAAAAUGAGGAAGCAGAUUUGCGAAAUAUAAAAAGUCUGCAAAGGUGCGUUUACAGUAUUCACAUCAGCUGUAAAAGGUUCAGAAUCCACCGUUUGGCAUAAAUGUCUUCGACUACAGUGCACCACUUUAAACAUCAGUGGUCAUUACAGAGAUGGAAAACAGCAGUGCAGGGAUAUUUGACUCUACAGUCUAAAACCUGCACAAAUCCACCAAUGAUUCUAAACCCCAGAAGAAAAUACACCGGCAAAGCGAAAGAGAUGUCACUCACACAAAUACACCAUGCUUUGAAAACCAAUGAAUAUAGUUUAAAACCAAAUGGCUAUGACGUACGGUAUAACGGAUUAAUAAAAGGGUUUGACAGUAAUAUCCUACCAUCGAACUCCCCGUGUGAAGACAGACGGAGCGCUGCAACAUGUCUACAGAGCAGAGGCAUGCUGUUCGGAGUGUUUGAUGGCCACGCAGGUUCUGCUUGUGCACAAGCGGUUAGCGAACGCCUCUUUUACUACAUAGCCGUGUCUCUACUUCCGUUAAAGACUUUAACUGACAUAGAGGAGGCUGUGGAGAGCGAACGGCCUGUACUUCCGGUGCUACAAUGGCACAAGCAUCCUAACGACUAUGUUAGCACAGACGCUGGCAAGCUUUACUUCAAUAGCCUGAGGACAUACUGGCAGGAGAGGAUAGAUCUGCACGAGGAUGAUGAUAGUGACAAACAAACAGCUUUAAGAAACGCUUUCAAGAGACUGGAUAACGAUAUUUCCUUGGAGGCCCAGGUGGACUUUGGGGUUCCUUUCGCUCAUUUCACACCUCUCAGAGUGGCUAUGUCUGGAUGCACGGCUUGUGUGGCUCACGUGGACGGAGACGAUCUUCAUGUGGCCAAUCUGGGGGACAGCAGAGCAGUACUCGGGGUACGAGGGGACGAUGGUAGGUGGUCAGCUUUCUCGGUUACCAAUGACCACAAUGCCCACAACUCAGACGAGAUGCAACGGGUUCUUUCAGAGCAUCCUGCUUCUGAGCGGAAGACGGUGGUGAAACAUGACAGGUUAUUGGGCCUGUUGAUUCCUUUCAGGGCUUUUGGAGACAUGAAGUUUAAGUGGAGCGGUGAGCUCUUGAGUCGCAUUUACGAGGCACGCCCGGAGAUGCUGAUCGGAAACGAAAAUGCAAAAAUGAUGCUACCAAACUACCACACACCACCUUACCUCACAGCAGAUCCAGAAAUUACUUAUCACAAGUUGCGACCACAGGACAAAUUCUUGAUUCUAGCUACUGAUGGUCUCUGGGAUCUGAUGCACAGGCAGACUGUGGUACAGGUCUUGGGGGAACAACUGUCUGACAUGCAGUGGAAGAAGCCAGUGUCUGGACUGCGUUUUACGGUGGGGCAGAUGCAAAGACUGCUGCAGGAGAGGAAGAGUAGGGCUCUUUCUGCUCUGGAGGAUGAGAACAGUGCUACUCAUCUGAUCCGUCACGCUCUGGGCAGCAAUGGCUACGGCUCUGUUGAAUCCAAGCGUAUAGCCAAAAUGCUCAGCCUGCCACAGGACUUGGCAAGGAUGUACAGAGAUGACAUAACAAUUGUAGUCAUCCACUUUAACAGUUAAUCUUCUUUUUUUUUUUUAUAUUGUGCAUUUUUGAUGUACAUAUUUUACAUUAAAUAAUGAUUAUUCAAAUGUCCAGGCUGUCUGGAAAGAAUUGUCAUGUAAUGGGAGAUAAAAUACUUUGUACACUGGACAAUUAUAUCUCAGUCUAUUUCAAAGGUGAUUUAGGUUUUGAAAAUACAAAAUCACAAGGAACCAAGUCUGGGCUGAGAGCAUUGGGCGAUUUGAUUUGAUGCACAGGCAGGUGCAUUGAUUGACCUAUAGCUGCAGCCAUUUUUAUCCCAUUGCAUUCUCAUUUUCUACUUUUCAUAAUAUAUGUCUGGAUACUUUCUGGACAGCCCUUUUUGAGUUUAAUACUUAUUAACACAGACCAAUAAAUAUAGCAUCAAACCUCAGCAAUGCCACAGGUUUUGUUUUUAACAAGAAUUCGGUUCAAAUGAAAUGAGCAAUUUUCUUUAUCUUGGCUUUAUUUGAAAUGAACUUUCAUCAAGGACUUUACAAAAAUCAAAUCUUGAUUAGAAAAACAAGAUGUUUCUAAACCUUAUGGUCUCUAAAUGAACAAAAGAUUUGUCAGCCAUUUAGUUCCCACAGCUCAUAGAGCCAAAAAGUUGAAUAUGUUCAUGUCUGAUCAAAAUUGCAGUUUAAAUCCAAGCCUUUUUAUAUUGUGUAUCUGUCAAUAUUGUACACUUCCUCAGGUGAGAAACAUGCCAAUCAGAUCUAUCACAAAGACAAUAAGUUGAAAGGGGAAAAAAAAAUUAUGUACGAACAAUAAAAGAUCAAGAAGCAAAAUUCAAUAAGUAGGCUGUACAUAGGAAACUUCUUUUA